AUGGGCAAGUCAAACCUUGGAAAAAAGUUCGGCAAGAUGAGGUUGCACGAGGACCAUCACGAACACACGGAUGAUGAGCUCACCAACGCCGAAGUCAUUCCUCGGAAAGUAGCCCGUGCGCGAGAUGGCUACACCAUUCGAGGAGAACUGUGUGUGGAAUGUUUGGAGAUGAUGCUUUCAGACUCCAGUGUCGCCUGUCUGCGGAACUCUAAUGGCGACAAAUGCCGUUGCUGUAUGAAGAAGGGCCGGCAAUGCAUGAAGAUUCCAACGGAGUUUCAAAGCGAUAUUGAAAAGUUUAUCCACGCCAAUGAUCCUGGUCGAACCCCUGCUGCUAGAGUGCUGCUCUCCAAAGUAUGGGACAUCAAUGAAGAGGCUCGGAAAGCCCAACAAGCUACAGCUGAAGGCAAGGCACGAACUUCGAAAUCCAAGGCGUGA